AUGCCGCUAGCGCGCAGACACUUGUUCACCGCGUUUCUAGUGGCUUCUUCAACCGGUGGCAACGUCGGGGCACGUGCAAGGAGUCUUAGACCUACAGGCAGCUGCCAGGAUGAGAGUCCGUGCGCGCAUACCUGCCUACUCAAGCUUUCAUCUCUCGCCCUCGCCCUCGCCCGUCCCUCCUCAUCCUCUCAACUUCAACCAACCCCCUCACUCUACAAGCUGUCUCAAGGACACAAAGGCAAAAGGCGCCCGCCGCUCACAGCGGUGCCCCAAGCGCUGUGGGCGGCAGCCGUGCGCCUCUUCCCGCCAACUGUGUGGCGGGGAUCGCUCCGUCCCAACCAAGCUAUGCCUGGCCGGGCCCGGUCUCGAGAUCCUACUCCGGAGCCAACCCCCUUGGGGGUUUGCUUGGGCAGAGACUGGGCUCGGCCCAGGCAUGAAAGAGACCGCGGCGUGGGGGCUGCCGGCCCAUCUGCUCUGCUCACCAAGGGCUGGCAGUCCCCCCAUCAUCUCGAAACCCACGGGAAAUGGGUUACGCCUUCUGGCGCAUGCCAGAACCCCCAACCACUCCGCGCCAGAACGGCGUUGGGGCCUGGGCUAGGCAACGACGACGAUUUCGGCAAAACGCGCCACGAAGCUCUCUCUACGCCGCUCGCACCAGACACAUUCACAAAAGCUGGCCACGGAGGUGGAAACCGGAACAAGGGCUUGUUGCCUCCGAUCAACUUCAUUUUCCUGCCUCCGAUCAACUUCAUCUUCAAGCUCCUUCGGAGCUCGGCAUCGAGUGGGCGGUUUGGUGCGCCGUCGAAAGCAGAUCAGUAUCUUACAUCCCCGGUCCCACCAGGGAGCCAAGGCCAAGGCCGAGGCCGAAGCCACUCUCCGGGCCCCUCGAGGUCAAGGAGUGCCCUCUCCUCCACAGACCGGGGUCCCCGGAAGCCCGAACAACUGUUAGUCCAACAGUGUUAUUCACAAGCGGCCGACGGCCGCUCGGUCGUCACCCUUGCCGCUCAGGGGAAGGCCGCUGCUACUGAAGCGGCCAUGGGGCCUGGACAGGCUAGCAUCGAGGCCAAAGCGUCUCUGGAGAGGUGCAAUGUUCAUGCACGGAUCCAGGUGCGUCGAGGCCUGGAAGAAUGGCGCGCUGCGCUACAAGGACCCCCGCGAGGGUGA